AUGAGUUCUGUGAAGGUCAACGGGAAAUACAUUUGGGGUGAUAUAGCGGAGUCAGAGAUAGUCAGACAGUAUGACAGGAAAGGGCGCGAGGUGACAUGCAUCCAGAUCAAUGAUAUGUACCGCAGUUUGUACAACGUUAAUGCUGGGCAGGUACCUGAUCUAAGGGUAACUCUGAAACUCUUACAAGACAUGCCCAUGCGCGCGGAUGACAUCCUGAUAUGCGCUUACGUUAAAGCAGGUACACACUGGAUGUGGGAAAUAGUAAACAUGCUUCUGAAGGGAUCGGCAGAAUACGACAAGACCGUCAAAGAGGAAAAUAUGCUCGAUUUUCACUUUCCGUCAGAAUUCGACGACCUCAAAAGCCCACGUGUUUUUAACUCACAUUUCACGUGGCGCCAUCUACCAAGAGAAGUCCACGAAAAGAAGUGCAAAAUCAUCUUUCUACAGAGAAAUCCAAAAGAUACUGCAGUGUCUUACUUCCAUCACAUGAAGAACAUCGGAAUAUACGGUAUCGAAGGUGACUGUGGGGAUUUUAUAGACCUGUUCAUGAAGGGUAAAGGGCCUGGGUACAAAUGCUGGUUUGACUACACGCUUGAGUGGCAACAAUUCAAAGAGGAUACAGCACACCAAGUUCCAAUAUUGUCUCUAAUGUAUGAGGACCUCAAACGGGACCCAGUUUCCCAGAUACAAAAAGUAGCGGAAUUCCUCAAGGUUCCAGUCGACACACAACUUAUCGCCGCGAUAGCAGAAAAAUGUGAAUUCAAAAACAUGCAAAAAGCUGGGCAUGACAAAAACGAAGUACAUCAAUCUAUAUCCAAUUACCACAUGUUCUACAGAAAAGGUCAGAUAGGAGACUGGAAAAACUGGUUUACGGUGACCCAGAGUGAAGAAUUCGACGAACUAAUGAAGCAAAGAAUGGGAAAAUGUAAAACGAAGUUUGUUUAUGAAUAG